GAAGGUGUUGUCAGUUUCAGAAAACUUUCAAGCAAAGGUGAUGGCGGCCGCGGUGUCCGUUAGCGCAGCUCCCAGAGAAGAAAAUCCAAAUGCAGGGCCCAAUUUCGCUAGCCGUACACUUCACGAAAACUAUGACCCCGCUGUCGAACACGAGAAUUGGGUAUCCAGGGAUCCCGAACUCGAGCCCAGUGAUGGGGAUGCAUCAUCGGACAACGAGUGUCAGCGAAGGGUCGAUGAAGAGUUGACGACGCUUAGCCCUGAAGAGAUUGAGAGUCGCUUGGACAGAACUCGUCGAGAGUUUUACAAUCGCCGGAAAAUCAUAAUUAAAAACCUGCCAUCCGAUGUUAGCAAUCAGGAGGUACAUGAGCUGUUGCGCAACUAUGACUUGAAGUACUGUUUUGUGGACAAAUACAAGGGAACAGCCUUCGUCACACUGCUCCAUGGGGAGCAGGCACAAUGUGCCAUCAAAGAGUUCCACCAGCACAUGAUGCGGGAGCGGGAGAUCUCUGUGCAGCUGCAGCCCACCGACGCGCUGCUGUGCAUCGCCAACCUGCCCCACGCUUUCUCCCAGCAGCAGUUUGAGGAGCUGGUGAGACCCUUCGGCAACCUGGAGCGCUGCUUCCUGGUCCACAGCGCCUCCACUGGCCACUCCAAGGGCUACGGCUUCGUGGAGUACAUGAAGAAGGACUCUGCGGCUAGGGCUAAGUCUGAGCUGCUGGGGAAGCAGCUGGGCUCCAGGAUGCUGUACGUCCACUGGACUGAGGUGGGCUCCCUCACCUACCCCCUGCUGCACUCCAGGUGUCUCUGUGUGGACCGUCUGCCCCCCAGCCUGCUGACCGCCCAGGACCUCAGCAAUGCCCUGGCUGACACGCACGCACCCAUCUUCUGCCAGUUGGCUCAGGGCCAGGAUGACAGUUUCCGGCGGUUUGCUAUGUUGGAGUUCUCCUCGGCAGAGAUGGCUGAGCAGGUGCAGCGAGAGGCUGACGGCAGGGCGCUAGGUGGGACCCACAUCCGCGUCUCCUUCUGUGCCCCUGGACCCCCGGGAAGGAGCAUGCUGGCUGCCCUCAUCGCUGCCCAGACCAUGGCCCUGAACCGAGGGAAAGGUCUCCUCCCUGAGCCCACAGCCAUGCAGAUCCUCACAGGCCUCAGUAACCCUGCCACCCUCAAGAUGCUGCUCAACCCCCUCACCCAGGGCAGGAAACAAGGUCUCCUUGGUGCUGCUCCCACCAUGCCCCUGCUAGCUAACCCCGCCCUCUCUGCUGCUCUGCUCCAGCUCCUCCUCCAGAACCAGGCCCAAGUUCAACAGGCAGGACUGAUGGGGGACAACCUUCUGGCUGCUAUGCCUCUCCGGCAGGGAGUCCAUCUGCUGGGAGACCUGCCUCAAGGCGGUGUGGUUCCAUCCCUGGGCCUCCAGUCAGACCCUAUGGGCCCCGUAAACCUCCACUCUAUGGGUCACCCCCUGGGCAGAGAGUCUCCCACCAGCUUCUCCCAGAACCCCUCCCCCACUCUCCAGGGCAUGUCAAUCUCCCACCUGGGUGGAGUGAUGGGGACAGAGGGGCUUACAGCACCUGGGAUGUCCAUACUAGGACACCCUCCAAACGAUGUAAAUCUUCCCCAAAACUCCUUCAAUGUCCACAGCCUGUUCCCAUCCUCAGGCGCCAACUGCAGGCCCCACCCUUACAGGAAGAGACCAGCGCUAGGCGACCAGCGCACACAGAACAUCCACUGUAACUACAGGCUGCGCUACCAGGAGUCCUACACCCCAGACUACCCCCCAAUACACCAGGACCCUCUGGCCCAUUUGUAUGAACAGCAGGAGGCUCUGGACACUGGAGCUCUGGCAGGGUUCGGACAGCAGCGGUUUGGUCACCCCGGCUACAGUGAGCAGGCCUCCUCCCACUAUAGUUACCCCCCCAGCCCGCCCUCGUCUUCCUACUACAGCUCGGUGGCACCCGGCCCCGGCAGCCUCCCCUCCGGCCAUCUCAACAAGGCUGUGGGCAUGCCUCCUGUGAGCCACUCUAACCUGUACCCAUCUGGUCUGGGGAUGAAGACUCCCAUUGGUGGUCACAAGCGUCUGAUCCCGUCUCCAGAGCCCAGCCCAGAAGGGGGCUACGUGGGACAACACUCCCAGGGCCUGGGGGGCCACUAUGCUGACUCCUACCUGAAACGCAAGCGUGUCUUCUAAUGUAAACCAAUCAAAGCUUCUUGUACGAUUUGCCAAUUAACAGCCAGGAUAUGGCUCUAUUUCCCCCAGGAGCUCCUCCAAUCAGCUUUUAGGUCUGGGCUUGGCGGUCCAGUGGUCUCUCACUUGUGUUCCUGCCAGCGAUUUUCCCCCCCCCCUGGAGGGCGCUGGGGUUGCAGCCAGUCGCUAAUCAGGACAUAACAAUGCGUGCCAGUGUAUGGGAGUUUUGAUGUUGUUUUUUGUGUGUAAAUAUAUGAUUUCAGUGUGCUUGUAAAUGAAAUUUUAUCCUUUGAUUUUUAAUGUCUUAUUUUUUCUAUCAGGAAAUCCCUUUGUUUAAAAAUGGGGAGUUACCUUGUACUAUAAGAAAAUAAUUGUAAAAUCUGAUUUCAGGUCUUUUUUUCCUCUGCGUAUUCCCUUCAUUGGUUGGCUGAGCACUUUUAAUUUUAAUUUUUAUAUUUUGUAUUAGUUUUUUCUUCCUGUUGUGAUGGUGUCAACGGGUUUCUAUUUUUAAAAGUUUUUCCUCCCAUUAUUUUUGUAUAUAGUUCAUUAGUUUGAUGGGAUGUUUUUUUUCUUCCCGCUCCUUCCUCCUACAGGGAUUAUGUACUGACUGUCUGGACAGGAUUCAGGCCUUCGAUUCAUGUAGAUCUGUGUAGCAGUACUGCCUUUGUCCUUUGGAAAAACUGUCCCCUUACCAAAAAACUAGUCUGGAAUAUGCUGUUUUCCACCCCUCCAUCUCAUUUGGGAGCCCGUUCUCUGCACUGAAUGUUUGGUGUUGCACUUGGAGGACACGGGUGGGUCACAAUUCUCCAGGUUUGUUGCAUUUCUACUGUUCUCACUACUUUUUUAUUUUUACCCCCCAUUCUGUUCUCUGCAGAAUCUUGUAUAUUCUGUUUUGACGUGAGCUCUUUGUCGGCUGAGUAUUUGCAUCUCAACCACCAUGGCACCUGAUUUGCUCUCGUUCGUUUGGAGGGGAUGGUAGCUGUGCCUUAUCCAGACUUUAAUAUCUACAGAUUAUAACAGUAAGCAGGGACACCUGUAGCCUCUGUUCACCCAAGCCUAAACAUUAAUUAACUGUACUUUCAUUUAUUAAUGAGCCAUGGCUAGGUUGGCUCUCCUGUGGCUGGCUGUCCCUCCCCUGUAGACCAGCAGGGGGGGCUGUUUAUCCUCAGGCAAAACUGAAAUUAAAUCAAGCUUGACAGUUUCACACUGAUGGUUGACAAACUGAAACAGGUUGUAGAAUUUAUAUCCAGUUUUCCAGUCCAGGAGAAGUUGACUUCCUAUCUGAAGUGUUACUAUGAUGGGAGUGUCCAGUGACUCUUAACAGGUGUUUACUCGGCCUGCCUCGAAGGUUUGCAUGGAAAUUAAGCUUAUGAUUGGUCAGUGAUUGAGUUCUUAGUCUGUGAAGAAUAAUCUGGUUGACAUUUUGAUCGUGAUCACCAUUACCUCUUGACUUCUGAUGGGAACUGCAAUUACACUUGAGCCUUAAGUUAUUAUUUUUUUGUCAUCUCAUCUUCCCCUCUGGGCUUUUUGACUACAUCCCAUUGUUUUUUGCCGAGUACAUACUUUAAAGCUUGAUCAUUUCCUCGGAGACCUAAACUCUUGUUUUCUCAAUCAUAUCUUUGGCCUCUGGUCUGUUUUAAGAUUGAAUCUGCUGCUCAAUAUUUUGUGUGUUUUAGUGACCAUUACCAAGUGCAGCCACCUGUCUAAUGGUAGCUUUCCCCAUGUUCUGUAUUGACCAAUAGGUGCUGCUCUAUAUGAAUUAAGAUUGCUUUUGUUUUUCCUCAUACAUGCUGUCUGUCAUCUGUAAUGCGAUAUGUGUCUGUUUUGGAGCAAGUAAAUGUUAUUUAAUUAA